AAGUUACGUUGUCAACUUUGAAAAAGAUUCUGGAAUUAGAUGAUUAAAAACAUCUAAAUUAGUUUAGAGUAAUAAAAUUAUACGUUUUAGAAUGGUACAAACCUUCCGAAAAAUAAAGUUAAAAUAAAGAAAAAUACUUAGCUUUAGGAAACGUUUACAGAUCCAAAAGAAAAGUUUUGAAAAGAUAGUAACGGAAAGGAAGUGACUGUCCAAUCACAAGGAACUUCAGACACAAACAAUGUUGUAGUAAAUUAAAACCGUUUUAAAAAGUCUGUAAGUUUACUUUUGCAGAAUAAGUCAGAUUUUUAUAGGAAACUGUUAAAAUAACUCAGAAAAAAAACAGUUUAGUAAAAUAAAAAGUUUGGUGAUUGUGCCACGGAGUAUGUAGGAGUUUCGAGUGGACGUUUUUUCUGAAGGAGGGAGGAUGAGGAUGGUUUGAAAGGGAUUGUGGUUUGGAUUAGAGGGAGGGGUAGUCACAGGAAGCGGAAUCACGAAAGUGUCGGAGUGUCUGGGCGCUCGCUGCAGCUUCGGUUGGACCCUGUUUGCAAUCCUCCCUGGCAAGGAUCAUGCCCGCGCAGUCCAGCAACGUGUCGUCCCCGUCCGUCCGGAGGGAGUUCCUGCGGAGUGUGCUGGGGGUUCUGCGGGUCCUUCAGCUGGUGCUGGGCACCGUGGUCUGGGUGACCAUCGCGGUGAGCAGGUACGACGGAGCCUUGCACUACGUGGUUUUCGUGGCUGUCCUGUUCUGGCUCACCACCCUCGCCCUCUUCUUCCUCACCCUGCUGGGCAAGAGCGAGCUGGUGCCCCUGCUGGGAGGCGAACGCUGGCCUCUGACCAACGCUGUGCACGACGUACUGGCCACUGUCCUCUACCUGGUGGCUUCCUGCCUCAUCGGCAAGAAGACCCGAGAGAAGAGCUUCUGCGACCUGCCCGGCUACAGGUUCCACUGCCCAUACAAAGCGUACCUAAGCGCCACUAUCUUCGUCUGCCUCUGCACCUUCCUCUACCUGCUCUCCGCCGUCUACUGCUCCUGCAGAAAGUGCCGCGGCGAGCCUCUGGUCGUCUAGAACUUGGCUCUCCCAGGGGACCUCGGAUUCCAAGCGACCCGCUCAAAACACGCACGAUAUGGCUCUUCCGUCUUCCGUUUCUUUUUUUUCCCCGCUGGACCUCGAGAUUCCACCAGUUGGGCACGGAGGCAACAGGGGCGACCCCCGGUGAAAGAGGAGGAGGAGGAGGUUCGGCGAGGAAGGCCACCAAAAUGGAAAUGGGAUAUUAGGAUUUUGUUUUCUUCGUUUGAAGAAGAGAAGAUUCUGUAUGGAUUAUUUCCUGAAAGAUAAGGCCCUAAGACAUGGGAGCAGAACUAUUGUCUGCUCUGCAAUUCCAUCACGGGUGACUUGCCCCUCUCAACCACAUUCCCUUGCCUUCUCCCCAUAACCUUUGAUGCCCAUACUAAUCAAGAACCUACCCACCUCUGCUUUAGAUAUACCCAAUGGCUUGGCCUCCACAGCUGUCUGUAGCAAUGAAUUCCACAGAUUCACCACCCUCUGGCUAAAGACAUUGCUCCUCAUCUCUGUUCUAAAGGGACAUCCUUAUAUUCUGAGGCUGUGCCCUUUGACCCUAGACUACCCCACUGUAGGAAACUUCCUCUCCAUGUCCACUCUAUUUAGGCCUUCCAGGGCUCUUUGUGUGUUUGUGAGAGAGAGAGAGAGAGAGAGAUCCCAGAAAUACCGAUCUUCUCCCCCACCCUCUGCUCCACCUUCACCUCUCACUGGAGCUCCAGACUGACAUUCCUGCAUGACGUUUGGCUGGAGAUUUAAGUUCGUUUCCCCACCCUCUCCCCCGACUCCUCUCACCUCGCUUCCCCUCCCUAGAAUCCCCUGCAACAUUCCUCUGCACAGAUCUUGGGAGCUGAAUUUUUUGACAAGCUGAAUGAAGGCACUGUACUGUAAAGCAAUUGAGAGACGGACAGACACACAACCGAUGUGGCCAGUUGGCAAGCAGAUUAUUUCUACUGUACAAGUUUUGAACUGCGUGCGUUUAAUUUCCUUUGUUCAGGCAGUUGGGAGGCACUGUAAUUUUACCCAAAGUGUAUAAUUGUUGGUGUACAGAAACCCCAGUGACCCUGGAAAUUUCUUCCAAGUUUAGGCCUACUGGCAAUGUAACCAUUUGCCUAACCCAGCUCUCUGAUUUGUAACAGAGCUUGCCUGAACUUGUGGUAGCAAAUGUGCAGGGCGAAAUGCUGCUAAGUAUUGUUUGUUUUAAACUAAAGGAUUAUUCACUCUUGGCCACUUUAUUAAGUACCUCCCGUACCUAAUAACGUGGUCAACUGAGUGUUUGAUUGUGGUCUUCUGCUGCUAUAGCCCGUCCAUUUCAAGGUUCAACAUGUACGUUCAAAGAUGCGCUUCUGCACGCCGAUGUUGUAACACGUGGUUAUUUGAGUUAAUGUCGCCUUCCUUUCGGUUUGAACCAGUCUGGCCAUUCUCUGAUCUCUCUCAUUAACAAGGCAUUUUCACCCACAGAACUGCCACUCAAUGAAUGUUCAUUGUUUUUCACACCAUUCUCUGUAAACUCUGUUGUGUGACAAUCCCAGGAAACCAGCAGUUUCUGAGGUACUCAGACCUCCCUGUCUGGCACCAACAAUCAUUCCACAGUCAAAAUCACUUAGAUCACUUUUCUUCCCCAUUCUGAUGUUUGGACUAAACGUCACCGGAAUGUCUUAACAUGCCUGUAUGCCUUUAUACAUUGAGUUGCUGCUACAUAAUUGGCUGAUUAGACAUUUGCAUUAACGAGCAGGUGUCCCUAAUGAAGUGGCCGCUGAGUGCACGUCUUUGUACCCAGUCAAAGUGGCGUGGUUCGGUAGGAUAUCGAGGCGUACAGAUUUAUUUAUCCCAUGUACAUUGAAACACCGAAAUAUCCAGUGAAAUGUUUUUGUUUCAACAAUCAACUCCGUCUGAGGAUGUGCUGGGGAGGGGUGGGGGAGGCAGCCUCCAAGUGUUGCUGUGCUUCCAGCGUGCCCACAACUAACUAACCUCGACCAGUGUGUUUCCGGAAUGUGGGAGGAAACCGGAGCACCUGGAGGAGACGUACGUGGCCACGGGAAGAAUGUACAGGAGGCAGCAGGAAUUGAACCACUAUCAUUGAUUACUGUCACUGUAAUAACCCUUAGAGGAUCAGAGUUAGGAGGAGUUCCACUGAUGAGGGGGCUGCCUGAUUUUCGGAGUCACUGGAAUGGGCCCUGGAUCUUGAUGAAGGUGCUAGCCCGAAAUAUCAACUGUUCACUCCUAUGUGAUGCUGCCCGACUUGCUAAGUUCCUGCAGCAUUUUGUGUGUGUUGCUCUGGAUACAGUGGAAGGGUUUCUGGGCAGAGAACGGAUCGUGUGAUAAGAGGGAUAGAUGGGAACUGGGAGGUGUGGGAAUCCAGAGACUCUUAAGGACACGAGAGAUUCUGCAAAAUGUUGGAAAUCCAAAAUGGUGGAGAAACUCAGCAAAUCAGGCAGCACCUAUGGAGGGGAAUAAACCGUUGACGUUUUGAGCUGAGACCCUUUGUCAGCAGGUGCCAGCAUUUAUUGCUUGUCCCUAAUUGCCCAUGAGAAGGUGAGCUUGACCAUUGCAGUCCGUCUGGUGAAGGUGCCCCCGCAGUGAGCUCCAAGAUUCGGACCCAGUGACGGAAGGAAUGACAGGGAUGGGUUUCUGAGUUGAGACAGAGGGUGACUUGGAGGGGAAUGGUGUUCCUGUGUGCCUCGAACUCUUGUCUUCCAUAAUGGAGGGCAUGGUCAUAGGCUUUGGAGGGUCUGGGCGGACAGUUAGGUAGCUUUGGGAUAAAGGCACAUGGCUAAUGUGGGGGUUAUGAGAGUGAGGGGUGGGUAAUUGGGUAUAAAAGAAACUUCAUUUAUUAACCCAAGGGUAGUAUUGCAGGCACCCUUAUGCAGCAUGUAGUUACAGCUGGAGAUAUUAUCAAGACAUGGUGGCGUAGGGGUUAACAUAAUGCUGUUACAGAGUCUGCAACCCUGGUGGUUCAAUUCCACCAUUUUAUGUAAGGAGUUUGUACGUUCCAGUUUCCUCCCUCACUCCAAAGACCUAUGGGUUAGUGGGUUAAUUUGGUGCAAUCAGGUGUAAUUCCAGCAGGCUUACUGGGCUGGAAGAACCUGUUAUCAUGCUAUAUUUAAAUUUUUAAAAAUACAAAGAAUGAUUACUAGACAGGAAGGAGUUACAGGCUGGAAUCUAAUGGAGGGGUUUGGGAGGAGGAUGGUUAUAGCAGAAUAACUGAUAUCUAGGGGUAAGUUAUGGGCUGGAGCAUAAUUAAAAGAAUUGGGAGUUUAUAUAUGGAAUAAAAGAUCCCUAGGGGUGAGAUGGAAUAAAAUUGAACAGGUUGUAAGAACAGUGGACAUUUGGGAUUGUGUUACACAUUGGGAUGUGUCCAACAGGCCUCCACUUUAAGGAUGAAAUUGCAGUUCCACGAAGCAUGCCGGGUGUGAACUAAACUAAACUAAAUGCAAGGAUGAAUAUCUCUUGAAGGAACCUCCUAGAUCCAGCUUUUGAUGCAGAUGUGACAUAACCCAGUAACCCAAUAUUGCACUGGGUUUCUAUUAGGAACCGGAGAAGUGCUCCCUGUCCCAUCCUCACACCCUUCGCCUCCGUCACGUGCAAGCACCAGCACUUCCCCCCUCUGGUUUAAUACAGAUCAGCCUGUGUGUGACGGGAAUGUCAUUCUGAUGAUGUGGUGGGGGAGUUUCCUCUGUUCAAGAAGCUUGUGUGUAAACCACAGGUUAGAUCAAGAACCUUCUCACCCCCCCCCCCCCCAUCCAGUAGCAUGUCACGUUCCAGAGACACAUAUUUAGGAAGGAUGUAAGAGAUCAGCUUUAUUUGUAAUUGAAAGAUACAGUAAAUUGUCCUUUGUGUCAAAUCAAAUCAGCGAGCAUUGUACAAGAGUCACCAUGCUUCCAGUACCAACGUAGCAUACCCAUGACUUGCUAACCCAAACUGUAUUGUAUGUUUCUGGAAUGAGGGUGGGGCACUCAGAGGAAACUUGUGCGGUCACGGGGAGAACAUACAAACUCUUUACAGUUGUGACGUGAAUCGUAUCCCAAUCGGUGAUCACUGGCGCUGUAAAAUCAGUAUCAGGUUCAGUAUCACUGGCAUACGUCAUGAAAUCUGUUGUGACAGUGGUACAUUGCUGUAUUAAUAAUAACUAACUAUAAAUUGUGUUAAAUACAUAUAUAAAUAUUAAGUAAGUAAUUCAUUAUGCAUUCUAACCUCUGAUGGUGGAGGGGACAAAGCGGUUCCUGAAGCACUGAGUGUGUGCCUUCAGGUUGAUAACAAUGAGAAGAGGACAUGUCCUGAGUGAUAGGGGUCCUUAAUGAUGGACCACCUUCACCUUCUUGAGAUCAUCUUUUGAAGGUGUCCUCAUGUGCCCCAGGGGGAGAUGGGAGAAUUGACAACCUCCUGCAGCUUUUGCCGAUCCUGUGCAGCGGCCCCUCUUUACCGGACAGUGCUGCAACCAGCUGGAAUGCUCUCCGUGGUGCAUUUGAAGAAAUUUGCGUGUGUCUUUGAUGACGUACCAAAUCUCCUCAAACUCCUAGCGAAAGGUAGCCGUUACCAUGCCACCUUUGUAAUUGCAUCAAUAUAUUAUUGUGCUAACCACUACCCUACUGUGCCACCCCUCUCAUGGUUUCCGAGAGGGUAAAGGGAGUAAGAUAAUGGCAGAUAUCUCAGGUGAGAGGACCGCAGAAGGUGGGGUGGUUCUCUUUGGGACAGGGGGUGUAAAGUAAUGGUAUGUAAAAGGAGCAUUUUAAUUGGUGGAAUGGUCAGGAGCCAGGGGAUGGAGGAUGGAAGAGCAACCAAAAAGUGGACUUGAGGGGGAUAAUAAAUCAGCCAGUAGGUUUGAUGGGCUGAAUGGUCUAAUUCUACUCCUUUGUCAUAUGCUCAAAAGUCUCUCAUGGAAGAGCAGUUUUGUCCAGAGAAUGAUCAGGGAUAGGUGUUUAGUGUGGGGUGAUUCAACUUGGCAUUGUAAAGGGAACUGGUUAAGUACUUGGAAGGAAUAGAAGAAAGUUAGGUCUCCUGAGAAAGGAUGUGGAAUUGGGUCUUCCAAGUUGGUGCUGAAUUGGUGGGCCAAACAGUCUGUUUCAAUCCUGUAACCUUUCUGUGAAGUAUUCAUCAGUGCUAUCUAUAUUUAAGAACUGCUCUGGCGUGUAGGGAUAAGAAUCAAUGGUCCUUCCAUACACCAUAAGCAAUGUGGUUGACUGGUGAAUGGGCAAUCUCCAUUUCUGGGCAAUGUUAGAUGGGCCAUAUUUGCUAACAAGGCCAAAUAUAUAUAUGUCCUCUCUUUUUCCGGAUUGAAUGUCCUGAGCUUUAGGACGUCAAGGUCAAUGGGUCACUCUUUGGCCACAUUGAUACCCUUCCCGACCUACCGCUGGGUGUUGAUGGGAGACCAGCGAUCUGAAACUUAUGUGCACUCAUUGGGUUCCAAUAAACGGUUAAUGAGUUGUACAGCAUGGAAGGCCAUUCAGCCCAUUGAACCCAUGUGUUCCUUUGUCCUCAUAGAGCAUGGAAGCCAACCCUUCAGCUCUACUUGUCCAUGCUGACCAUGAUGUUACUAAGCUAGUCCCAUCUGUCUACACUUCCUCGUUGUGAUGGUUGUCAGAUAUUUAUUGGUUUGCAAGUUAAGUAUUGUAGGACAGAGAUGUUGUGUGGGGUCUAGAAGGCCAAGACCUUUUAGUGCUAGUGUGUGAGGGGACUGCUGGAUCUGUGCCUUGAUGAUGGGGAGCUUUGACAUGGGGUGAGGCGAGGUUGAUCAUUAAUGCCCCUGGGGAGGAUGUGGGAUCCCUGCAAUUGCCCCACGUCCAUCAGGUCAUAAUUUGUAGCGGGCCAGGCUCUACCUGCAGAAGAUUAGAUUAGAUUUAGAUAAGCUUUAUUUGGUACAUGUCUAUCGAAACAUGAAAACAUAGUUUGUGUCAGUGACCAACCCAGUCCGAGGAUGUACUGGGGACAAGCUAACCCAUGCUUACGGGACCAACAUAGUGUGCCCACAACUAACCUUAACUGUACCACUUCAGAGUGUGGGAGGAAACUGGAGCACCUGGAGGAAACACACGUGGUCAUAGGGAGAAUAUACAAAUUCUAUACAGACAGCAGUGGGAAUAGAACUCUGAUCGGUGAUUGCUAGCGCUGUAAAGUGUCGCGCUAACUGUCAUGCUGCCGUGACGACCCUAUCCUCCCCCUACCUUAACUCCAGCUCUGAGUCCCUUUACAUCCUUGUACCUUCCUGCUGUGCCAUCAGUCCUAGGGAGAAGAUCUCAUCCAAUCCCAAAAUCCAUUGCUCAGCUUCCAUCUGCUUUCCACCGGCCUGUACAAAGUAGCACCCUCUUCACCGUGACCAUCCGCAAUGAGUUCACCACCCUUCGGCCCAACUGCUCCCUUCUAGUCCCACUUGCCAUGUUUGGUCCUUAACCUUCUGCGCCCCUCCCCUCCAUGUCUGUAUCCAAGUAUCUCUUGAAUAUUGUACAGACACAACUGCUUCCUCUGCCAGCUUAUUCCAGGUACUUACCAGGGGUAAUUGAUUUCGUGGCCCAAGGUAGAAGGAGUCAAUUUUAGAAAACCUAGCACAUAUAUUUUUCAACAAAGUCCCCUCCUGCAUUUACACACUUAGUCCAGAUCUUGGACUUCCAGAAAGUGUCCACAGAUGGGUGAUUGAUAAGUUCGUGGCCUAAGGUAGAAGGAAAUGAGUUAUACAGCUCUCGUUACAUGCACGUGCAGGUCAACUCUUUGAGUGAUUAUCAGAAAGUAACUCAUCAGGGGUGAUUGAUAAGUUCGUGGCCUAGGGUAGAAGGAGAUGAGUUGUUAACUUCAAGCUUUCUGCAUAAUCAUUCAAAGAGUUGAACUGCAUAUGCAUGGAACGAGAGCUGUAUAACUCAUAUCCUUCUACCCUAGGCCACAAACUUAUCAAUCACCCCUUGCUGCGGACACUUUCUGGAGGUCCAAGAUCCGUACGCUCCAAGACUGUUGGACUAAGUGUGUAAAUGUAGGAGGGGACUACGUUGAAAAAUAAAUGUACUAGGUUUUCUAAAAUUGACACCUUCUACCUUAGGCCACAAACUUAUCAAUCACCCCUCAUACUACCCUUGUGUAAAACGAGAUACCUCUCAGUUCUCUGAGUUAAGGGGAGACAUCUUUCCUCUGUUUUUACAAACAAUUAAUUAAAAUGCUCAGUGGAGAUAAAUAAUUCCAGUCUGCUUAUCACCUAGUUUCUCUGGGCCAAAUACAUGCUUGCAGUAACCUUGUCCGAGAGAAUUAUGCCUGAUUGACAGGGUCCUUGAAAAUUUAAUGCCCCAUCACCCAGAUGACUCUCCAGACCACUCAGUAUUAUUUUGGGGAAUAUUUUCUCUGUAUCAUCCACAUAUUAUAUUGCAUGCUUUGUUUCCAUUACCUAAUGUUUGUAGAGUAGAUUUUAGUUGUACUGUCGGGUUAUAGCCUCUUAUACUACUGCGAAUAUUGCAAAUGGUGUUGUCAUAUAUUUUUAUUAAUAAUAGCAAGCUGUUCACCCAUUACAGAGACUAUUUCUUUCGGAUGUACGUUUGCCUUCUGCCAAAACAUUUUGUAAAGUAGAUUCAAGUGAUGUGCACACAGUAAAGCGUACUUUUCACACUAA